AUGAUGAAGAAACCAGAGAAUAUUAUUGCAGAUGAGAGACGCACAUGGAAAAGUUUCAAUAUUGACAGAAGUUUCUCUUCUCCUGAACAAAUUGUGAGAGAGAGAACAUUUUUGAUCGAAGACCUGGACUCCAAGGGAGGAUUGUUGGGAGGACAAGACGGAGGUCGAAGUCAGGAUUGUCGGCAGGUAGACGAGGACGGUGGUCGGGAGAACGAAGGUCGGAUUAAAGAAACAGAUAUUUCUCCGAGAUACGGACAGGUUGUUCCUGCUCUGAGAGCAAAACUGGCAGAGCAAGGAUGCUCUGAGAGCCAACUAUAUUUAGCUAGAGAACUUCUUAUAGAGGCUGCUAGUCUAGAUGAGGAGGAGGAGGAGAAGUCUAGGUUAGAGGAGAAUGCAAUGUAUUGGCUUCUUCAGGCAACACAGCAAGGACUGGAGGAGGCAAGAAGUACAUUACUAUCUAUGUACUGGGAGGGACGAGGUGUAACUGACCUAAACUAUCCUGAUAUUGCUGCAAUAGCUCGUCUUCCGAAAGAGGCUCUUGCAGCAGCAGACUUAGGAUCUACACUUUUUGCCUCCCUCUCGAAAGGAUACUGCACUGCAGAACUGUACUGUACAUGUCAAGUACACAGGGAACUCAGGGAAACUAGAUAA